GUCUGCAAUGUAUUUGGGGCCAUGAUCUGUGAGGAAUGUGAGUAACUACUGUGCUGCUGGCCUGGCUGUAUGUAACACAUCACAUAUUGCAUUGUAUAACAGCUGCUGGUGUGAGGAUGCAGUGUGUGUUCCCCUAAAUGGUCCCUCCUCCUCCUCCUCCUGCUACUGAUGGAGUAGCACACACCGCAGCAUCCUGUUCACUCAUCUACACUACAAUGCGAGAGAUGGUCAAUGCAGGCGGAGGUCACUGGAGAUUUUUGGGCAGUGUCACUUUAUUACCAGCAGAUCAUCCACUGUUAUACUAGAUGAUUGCUCUGGCUAGUAGUGGGAAGGAAUUACAGUAUCCUCCUGCAUAACAUGUCAGCUACAUAUAUUUAACUCAACCUGCAGCAUCACACCCCCACUAUGACAAUGAGCAGCUUGGGCUGGACACAAUGGACACCAUCUGCAUCCCGCAGCCUUUAGAAUGAGAUCAUGGAAUAGAUCAGUCUGUGUCAUAUACUAUCCAUGGUUGUCUGGAUUAUAAGGUGAGCUUCUACUCUGACCUGAUGGCAAUAAUCAUAUUAACCACAUAUCCACAGUAGGGGGGAUCCAAGGUUCCGUGAUAGCACAAUAAUCAUCUGAGAUGGCAAGACUCCGCAGGAAAGCAUGUAUUGCUCUUUUUCUUUUCACUCUGUUCAUUUUUGGAACCAUGAUGGGCUUGAGAACAUUGAAACCAACUGAUGGCUUUUCUGAUCUUGCACCUGGUCUAGAGCUUAUGCCCUUUGGUGAACAAUCAGAGAGACGCUCCGUUUCCAAUGAGGCUAUUUCUCAGCCACAAGGCACCACAAACGCAGCUGACAGUACAAAAGUGUAUUAUGAUCUUCACAUUUUCUACUACAUGUGGUAUGGGAACCCUAAGUUUGACAAUAAUUAUAUUCAUUGGGAUCAUGUAAUGGUCCCCCAUUGGGACCCCAAAAUUUCCGCAAGUUACCCUAAAGGUAGGCACAGUCCUCCAGAAGAUAUUGGUUCCAGCUUCUAUCCUGAAUUAGGACCUUACAGUUCCAAAGACCCAGCGGUCCUAGAAGAACAUAUGCGGCAGCUCAGAGCAGCUGCUAUAGGAGUGUUGGUACUGUCAUGGUAUCCGCCUGGCACAGCAGAUGAGAACGGUGAAGCAGUAGAAAACUUGGUACCCUUGGUUCUGGAUGCUGCCCAUAGAUAUAACAUAAAGGUGGCAUUUCACAUCCAGCCAUACAAGGGGCGUGAUGACCGCACACUGCAUGAUAAUAUUAAAUACAUAAUUGAUAAUUUUGGAUCCCAUGCAGCUUUCUACAGAUAUAGGACAAGUACCAGCAAAAGCCUUCCUCUCUUCUACAUUUAUGAUUCAUAUCUGACGCCACCUGAUUCCUGGGCAAACCUGCUGACAGUAACCGGCUCCCAUUCUAUCCGGAACACUCCUUAUGAUGCGGUCUUCAUUGGCCUGUUGGUAGAAGAGGGACACAAGCAUGACAUCCUUACAGCUGGGUAUGAUGGCAUUUACACAUACUUUGCCUCAAACGGCUUCUCCUUUGGUUCUUCCCACCAGAACUGGAAAACCAUCAAAAGCUUUUGUGACACCAAUAACCUCAUGUUCAUCCCAAGUGUAGGACCCGGUUACAUAGACACCAGCAUCAGACCAUGGAACAACCACAAUACCAGGAAUAGAGUCAAUGGAAAGUACUAUGAGACAGCUCUUCAGGCAGCUCUCACUGUACGACCAGAAAUAGUUUCCAUCACAUCAUUUAAUGAGUGGCAUGAAGGGACCCAAAUUGAGAAGGCCACUCCAAAGAAAAUAGCCACUCGCCUCUAUAUAGACUACUUACCACACCAGUCUGACCAUUACCUUGUUCUUACCAGAAAGUGGGCAGAACAUUUUAACAAGGAGAAAGAACAGUGGCUGAUGUGAGCUCAGAGCUUGGUACAUGUCUAACUGGAAAGAAAGGAAUCAUCUCUUAUACCUAUUCUGGCUGGAUCAGUGCAGACUCAAGAGAAGAUGCUGACAAAAGGAGUACCAAAGACGUGCCAGAAUUUGGGCCAGUAUCAGCUAAUAAUGCCGCUUUGCACAUCUUCUCAUUGGGGUUACAUUUUACGAUAGAGGUUGUGCAUGGGGCUGCAACUGCAAUUUGUUGAGACUUAUUUUGGAGUGAAUAGAAGCUUAACUCUUAGUAAGAGUAAAUGAUGUUCAAGUGAAAUAGUUUUAUGGGUAAUAUCCCAGAAGAGCGAAUACAGGAACAAAGGUAUUGUAAUGUAAUGUCUUCUAAAGGAGACCCUUGGAAUCAGUCUCGAAGUUAGAAGAUAAAAACUGGAUGUCCACAAGACACUCUCCUGUCACUUAAUACACUCCAACGAAGAUGAAUGAGGAGUCACAUCAUGAACAAUAAAAUCUAAAUUUAAAAACACAAAA